UACGAUGGACAUCAAGUCCCUGUCCGAGGUGCAGAAGCAGAUCUUCACAAAUCUGAUCGAGAAGUUGAUCGCGCGCAAUAAGUUCCCUCCGAGCGAAGCCGAGGACGUGCAGAAGCUGCUGGAGAACGUGCGCGAUGCGAAAAAUUUCCACAAGAUCAUGGAAAAGCUAAAGGAAUGCGGACAGCUGGACGUCGACAUUGAGGAAAACUUUCGCGAAGAGAAUGGCAUUUUCCUAAAAGAUACGGCGAAAAAACUCGGACCCGGCGGGCAAACGCUCACACCGCGCCACACGAUCGACGCAAUAUUAGGUUUGAAUAAUUGUGACAAUGGAGGAGACUCUAGCGAUGCAACCGAUCUCAGUGCGUCUCCCCUGAGCCAGAUCAAACUCUGCGAUCAGCAGCAAAUGAUGGCCAAAGCACAGCUACCCGUUACGUAUAGCCUUGGCAGUCCCUCGAGUCCGGACAAGUAUCAGCAACAGUUAGCCAAUUACCAGAGCCACAUCAAGUCACUGGACCUCGUUGCGGCUGCCUCUCUCGACGCUUCCUCGCCCCAGGGUGCGCUCCAUCAUCAGCUUCCCUCGCAUCACCAUCUUCAUCACCAUCACAAUCAUCAGCAUCCGUCGACCGUACCUCAUCUUCAUCAGCAUCCUGCCCACCAUCAGCACCAUGCACACAAUCACCUUCAGCAGCAUUUACAUCAGCAGCAGCAGCAGCAACAGCAGCAGCAUCAUCUGACCCAUCCCCACCAAUUGCCUUCGCCGACGCAUCAGCCCCAGCACCAGCUCUCACUGCACCAUGCACAGCAUCCUGCCCUGAACCAGCAGCCACCCCAUCCGUCCCUAGCCGAGCUCGAGUACAUGAAGACGCUCAAGGAGACGAACAAAUACUUCAUCGAUCGCAACUAUCGAUCUGCCGCCUCGCUGGGUUACGGAGGUGGGCGUGGAGGUACGGAAGGUCCCCCAGACGAUGGAACUACCGUGAGUGGUGCAACCGGUGGUGGUGGUGGAGGCGAGUACGAGGAGGACCUUUCAUCCCCAACCAGCGCAGGUAGUGGCAAUGGCAGUGGGAGUCUGAAGCGCAAAUACGAUCGUACGAGAGACGGCGAGGAUCGGACCGGGGCGGGAGCAAAUGGCGGAAAUGGUGACGGCGGCGUCCUGCUGCCGGACGGCACCGAAAGCAAUCCGACGUCCGACAGCUCCAUUAACAAAUAUAAUAAGCUGCAUGAGUCAGCCGAUAAAUCAAUUAGGGCUAAUAGUUUCGAUUAUAUGAAAAAUUUCGACGAGCUCCGGGCCCGACAGGCAGCGGCCUACGAAGCGGAACAGCAGCAUCAUCAUCAUCAGCAGCAGCAGCAGCAGCAUCACCACCACCACCAACAGCUUCAGGUUCUUCAUCAGCAGCAACAGACACAACAACAACAACACCUUUCGCAAUCACAACAUCCGCAACAGACAUCACCAUCGUCGGGGCAGCACGGUUCCUCGGCAGGAGGCAACCCAGGGAACCCAGACGAGUACAAUGCGCACCGACAGUCAGCGGACAGUGGCGCAGACAAGGGCACAGACGACGGUGGCGUAAGUUACGCGUCCAGCGAAGAGCUGAACCAAACAACGUCCAGCGAGCAGGGCGAAAAGGUGGGCUCCGGCAGUGAUGAUGAAGGGGGAGAUGAUAAUUGUUCGAAAAAGAAGCAUCGUCGAAAUCGGACCACUUUCACCACCUACCAGCUGCACGAACUGGAACGAGCCUUCGAAAAGAGCCACUAUCCCGAUGUGUACUCGCGCGAGGAGUUGGCGAUGAAAGUCAAUUUGCCGGAAGUACGAGUACAGGUUUGGUUUCAAAAUCGACGUGCAAAAUGGCGUCGCCAGGAGAAGUCGGAAAGCCUGAGGCUAGGGUUGUCCCACUUCUCGCAGCUUCCUCACCGACUUUCCUGCAACGGUGGCAACCUUCCGGUCGAUCCGUGGCUGUCUCCACCCCUGCUAUCGGCACUACCAGGGUUCCUGUCGCACCCGCAAGGAGUCUAUCCGAGCUACUUGACGCCUCCGCUUAGCCUCAACCCGUCCAACCUUGGCAUGACUAAUCUGGGCCUGGGCCACCCGAACGGUCCACAGAACCUGCGCAUCUCCCCACAAAGUAUGGCCGCCAUGUCCCCCCAGAUGGCAGCCGGAAACAUGCGCCUUUCGCCACCGCACGUUAACGGAUCCCUCGGGGGCCCUCAGAACCUCUCGAUGCCACAUCAGCCGGGUCCACACGGUCCACAACCUCCAACGCCACGCCAUUCACCGCUCGAAGGUCCGAUGGGAAGUUUAGCCGGAUCACAACCUCCACCAUUACCACCUACCGCAGGAUCGACCCCCAUAACCAUACCGAUUUCAUCGCCCCAAAAUCUUUCCCUUACUCCGCCCGGGCUACGCUCCCCUCCACCCGGUGCAACGACAGCCUCCUCGCAGGCACAUCUGCAAUCGCUCAGCCCAAACUCACCCUCACCGACGGGACUAAAGAUUGCCAAGCUGACCCCGAUUGAUCCCGGCUCGGAAAGCGAUACUCCUGCAACAGCCGACACCUCGAAAGCGGCACCGGCUACGGCGUCGACCACAUCAGCUGCGGCACUCAACAUGACCGUUAACCAUCACCACUCGUCGGAUAUGCGCACCAACUCGAUUGCGACCUUACGAAUCAAAGCGAAGGAACAUCUGGAAAACUUAAGCAAAGGCAUGACCACGAUGGUGUAA